CCAAAACCCCCACGAAGAUAACGAAUCCAUCCGCUCCCCCCGCGACGCCCAGGGCGGAAGAAUGGAGGCGCUGCGGGCGUGGAGGGCUUCCUCCAAUCUCCUCGGCUUCGCGGCCUCUCGCGCCGCCAAGGCCGCCCCAGCGGCGAGGCCCCUCCGCCCCCACGUCCGCUGCUGCUCCCCGGCCGCCGCCUCCACCACGAAGCCGCCCCCGCCCCCACCUCAGGACCGCCGCCGCCGAAGCGCCUCCUCGUCCUCGUCCUCCACCUCCGACCGCGAAUCCAUCCGCGCCAUUCGCCUCAAAAAGGUUGAGGAGCUGAGAGGGAAGGGCUACGAGCCGUACGCGUACAAGUGGGACAGGACUCACACUACCAAGGAGCUUCAGGAUGGGUACACCCAUCUCGAGAAUGGCGAGGUCUGCGCGGACGUGGCGGUGUCCAUUGCUGGGAGGAUUGUCGCCCGAAGAGCGUUUGGAAAGCUUGUUUUUAUGACCGUAAGAGACGAUUCCGGGACUAUUCAGCUUUACUGUGAGAAAGACAGCCUUACUGAGGAACAGUUUGAACAACUGAAGACAAUUAUUGAUAUUGGUGAUAUAAUAGGUGCAAAUGGUUCCAUAAAGAAGACAGAAAAAGGGGAACUAUCUGUUUACGUGAAAAACUUUGAAAUCCUUACAAAAUCCUUACUCCCACUACCUGAUAAGUACCAUGGCUUAACUGAUGUGGACAAGCGGUAUCGCCAAAGGUAUGUUGACAUGAUUGCAAAUCCUGAGGUUGCUGAUGUAUUCCGAACAAGAGCAAAGGCUGUAUCUGAAAUCCGCAAGACAAUGGAAUCAUUUGGCUUCAUAGAAGUUGAAACGCCAGUUCUACAGGGAGCAGCAGGUGGUGCUGAAGCAAGACCAUUUAUAACCCACCAUAACUCACUGCAAAGAGAUCUUUACUUGAGGAUUGCAACAGAGCUGCAUUUGAAAAGGAUGCUGGUUGGAGGGCUUGAGAAAGUUUAUGAGAUUGGGAGAAUAUUUCGGAAUGAAGGCAUUUCCACUCGCCAUAAUCCUGAAUUUACCACAAUUGAGAUGUAUGAAGCCUAUUCAGACUAUGAAAGCAUGAUGAAUUUGGCUGAAGAAAUUGUUACUAGAUGUGCAAUGGCUACUCAUGGCAAACUUAGGGUUGAUUAUCAGGGAACUGAAAUCUCCCUUGAAAGACCAUGGAGGAGGGAAACCAUGCAUUCUCUUGUCAAAGAAGCAACUGGAAUUGACUUUAAUAGCUUUGGAGAAGAUCUUGAAUCCGCCAAAAAUGCUGCAAGAGGGAUCAAAACAGAGAGCAAUGAGAAUAUCUCAUUGCAAGCUUGUUCAUCUGUUGGACAUGUUCUCAAUGAGGUCUUUGAGACUGUUGUUGAAUCAAGUCUGGUACAGCCAACAUUUGUUCUUGACUACCCAGUUGAGAUAUCACCAUUGGCCAAACCACAUAGGAGGUAUGCUGGUCUUACCGAGCGAUUUGAACUUUUCAUAUGUGGUCGUGAGAUUGGUAAUGCAUUUUCUGAGCUCACAGACCCAAUUGAUCAGAGGGGUCGUUUUGAAAAUCAAAUUAAGCAGCACAAUGCUAAGCGUGCUGCAAUGACCAAGGAGGUCAAAUCUACUGAGGGUAAACACGAGGAAGAUGAUUUUUCGUAUGAAGUUACCUUAGAUGAAGACUUCCUGACUUCCCUAGAGUACGGAAUGCCACCUGCUUCCGGAAUGGGCCUUGGAAUCGACCGACUAGUAAUGCUUUUGACCAACUCGGCGAGUAUAAGGGAUGUUAUUGCCUUUCCAGUCCUAAAGAUUCAACAAUAGCACUUCUGCUCGGGUAAGAGAUACAGAGUAGGCAACACAUGGGGUGUGGAAGAAGUGCUCUGCACCCUUGCUUGUAUUGUUAAUUUCAAGCAGAUUUUACAUGCGAUCAUUUUUGUUAGAUUGUUUUACAGAUAGCUCUACCAUUACUCUCUUUCUAAAAUUUGAGUGGAUACAGGCGAGGGUCAAUAGUCCAGCCAGAUAGUCAAAAUAGGUAUCAAUUAUGAAUUUCAUUUUGGGUUUCCAUUUUCCAACAGCCAUUUUUCAUUCAGGAAUACUAUAUAAAUCUGUACUUUCCACCCACUUUCAGGCUAAUGAACUCUUGCUACAUUUCAGAGAUAUAAAGUAUUUGCACAUUGCACGGAUUUAUUAAAGGCUGUCCUGCCUGCUGUAAUAUACGCCUAUUUUUGAGACGAAAACUGCAGCUGUGCUUCCCUCGGAACGACGAGCGGGCUCUACCAAGGUAAUAAGACGGCAGCACAUGCUUUUGUACGC